UUGCAUACAUAAUGCUUGACAAGAAAGGCUUAUGCGGAAGCAUCGUCGCAUAUAAUGCUCAGUACUUUGUAAGAAUAAAGAGUAACAUAAACUCGAGUGCAUGUAAAACAAAUCAGACGUCUUUUAAAUUAUUCAUUUGCGAUACACAUACGUGAAACGUUUUAUCAAAUAACUUAAAGUGUGUAAAUUAAAAAAAUUUAUGCACAGAUGUCUUGUAAAAAAGAAAACGUACCAAGAAGACCAAAUUAAAAUAUAGAAGAUGUUUAUAAAUCAUGAAACAAUUCUGAAUAGAUUGAUGAAAUGUAAUAGAGAAAGAAGAGUUAUUAACUUUAAGUAAUUAUGGAACAAAAUAGUCAAGAUUGCAAGCAUAUCUUCGAUUGAGAAUUUAAUGUUCAUGGAUGCCAAUAAGAUUUCCAAUUUCUUCUUAAGAAACUCAAAUAAAGAGAAUAAAAUUAGGAAAAAAGUGAAUAAACAGAAAGUGAUCAAAAUAAAAUCAGAAUCACACCAAGAUUCGUUUCGUAUGCUUAGGAUAUCAAUAACAUUUUUCAAACUCAUCGGUCUUGCCACGUUUACCCGUCACAUUGUUACACAAAAAAGGAAAACUUCAUAUACAUUUCAAUAUUCCAAAUUUGGGAUAGUUUACAAUGUCAUACUGAGUAGCCUAAUGAUCACCUCGAACUUUGCGUCAAUACCGUACAGGAUUGGUUUGCAAUACGAAAACAAGACGAAUUUGACCACAAGCAUCGAGGUUCUACAAACCGUAGUCGGUUCCUUGGUAAUCUGUGCUAUUUUGCUUAGCUACUGCAUCGAACAGAAGUCUUUGGUGCGGAUCGCCAAUCGAUUAAUAAACGUCGAACACGAAAUAGAUCAUCUAUAUUAUCUGUAUCAUCCGCUGCGGCGACAGCGAAUUUUCUGUGGUAUGAUCAUCGUUUGCGCCUUGAAGAUUUGUCUAUUGAUCCUUCUUCUGUUCACUGAGAUCCUAGCUUUCCACACGGGUCCGAUUUCCUGGUUGACGGACAUUCUGCCGACAUUUCACGUGGGCUGGCUACUUUUACAAUACUUUAUAUUAGUCACAAUCAUCCAGGCAGAUUUCACUGAUGUGAAUCUAGCGAUACAAAGUUUCAUCAGGGUCAGCACCCCUGAUCUUCAACUGCAGUCUCUCUGUCAGACGCGUCAUGUUGUGGUCAGCAAUUCUGCAGUUCAUCAUCUGCUGCAGCUGCGAGAUAUGCAUUGUCGCCUCUGCGAAAUCUCUGAAGACGUGUCAAACUUUUAUUCACUACCAGUACUGUUUGGCUUCAGUUUUCUUUUUCUGACACUCAUAUAUAAUGGCUACUAUCUUCUCUCGCCUUUGUUGAUGACCGACAAUAUCUUAGAGUACAAAACUCUCAGUAAUACCGUCAUUUGGUUAUUAAUUCUAAUUUAUCCCAUUUUUCUUCUCACUAAUAGAGUUACCAAGAUUUUAAAAGAGAUUGGGGUAACAGGCAAUGUUGUUCAUGGUCUUUUAAGCUGCGCAAUCGACAAAGAGACAAAAUCAGAGAUCUGUUGUAGCUCAAGCAAUUUUCGCUUCAAUUGCUACACCGCAAAAUACAGUUUACAGCUAAUGGAUACUUCUUGCUUGAUAAUAGUUUUCUUCAUUCGUUGAUCGGCACGGUGACAACGUAUUUGGUGAUACUUGUACAAUUUCAAAUGGGAAGCUCUUGCUCGUCGAAAUCGCAACCCUGUAACUGUACAAGAAAGAUUUAAAAGCAGACUAAUAAACUGAAGAUAAGAACAAGCGUAACAACAUAUCAAAGUUUCUUAUUCGAAGUUGGCAUCUAAUAUCCAAUAUUCGAAAUAAUAUAAAUAUCAACAUUCAAACUUAUGUGUAAUAUACAUUGUCAGUUUUGAAACAGAAUUACUAGAGUAAAGAGAGAGGAAACAAAAAUAAAUACAUACAUAUUGUACACAAAUUAAUACUGUCGCUAUUUAAUGACGAAGCUUGUUUGGAACAUUUUCAAGAGAUAAUAAAAAUCAUUACUUAUGUGAGAUGAAGAGAAAUUAAAACCUAUUAAUUCACAAAAAUGCAACAUAAGAUUCACUUCUUAAACAACCUUAUGUUUUGCGAUGUAUUUUACAAUGGAAAACGGUAAGUAAAGCUUCAAGUUUUAAUUGCACAUUAUUUAUUUAAAGUAACACAGCAUGAUUAAAGAUAUAAUGACAGGCAUCAGCUACUUUCCUUGUCAACUCGGAAAUUAUUAUAGUUUCCAAGACGCGGUCUUCCCUACCUAAUCACAACCAAUUAAUACUACGUCGGCGAUUAUAGCCCAUCCACCACAUCGCAAAUUUGCUGCGAUAUGCGUGAAACCGUGAUCUUCGAAUGAGAGUACGUUUCUCCUAAUUAAUGCGCCGAAGAUCACCGUUAAAACACACCAGCAUGCAUAUCAUACAUCUUUUUUUAUUAGAUUAUUCUCAUUCUAUACAUUAUAUCCAUGAAUUUUUCUA